UAGUAUACCCUCGAGAAACACACCUUAAAUAACAUACACUCGAGACUGUUACUCCCUGCAGAAACAAAUCCACGUAGCUAUGGAUAUAUAUCCAAGAAAGUAAGGGAAUUUCAGUUAUCGCCAUAUGUGGGAUCAAUGCAUGGUAAAAAAAUAAAAUAAAAUUUAAAAUUUUAAAAUAUUCAGAAAUCCGUUCCCGUGAGUGUUAAAUUGGUAAACAUAUUUAUAUAUCGAGGAGAAUAAUCAGAUUUCAAUAGUUGUUAAUACUUUCUUUCUUCACUUGUGUCCCUGAGUCAACUCUUACCACCACCAACAACGACAUACUACUCUUAUUCUGGUUCAAAGUACUAACCAUUCUUUCGCACCGUCCAUUCCUUUAAAAUACUUAACAGUAAAAUUGCUUGUUUUCAGUUAUUCCUUCACUUUUUGUUAUAUAUCUAUUUCACGUCAUCACUCCUUUUUAAAAAAGUCAUUGUCAUAUCGAAUUCAAAACAUACCUAAACAUGAAGUUCUCCAGUAUAUUAUUCAUUCAAUCAUUUGCCAUACUCGCUAUGUCCCAGCAAAUACCGUUGGCUACAUCUUUAGCUACCCCUCCACAUCAUCAUCAUCACUUACAUCAUAAACAUCAUAUAGAGCCAACUGGUGUCAUUCAAGAACAACCUUAUAUAACUGAAAUGGCUAAAAGAGAUGACGAGACUGACUUACCUACUGUGUCAGCCAUGCCAACCUUAACUACUACCACACAAUAUAAUGCCGUGGUUGAAGUUCCAACUGUUAAAAAUCCUUAUAUCACUUCAUCAAACUUACCAGAUGGAAUUGUAUUUAUAAUCGUGGGAGGUAUUAUUGGACUUAUAUUCAUUCUGUUUAUAAGUUAUAGAAUCAUUGCUUGGAUUAUAUCUAAUAGAAAAGCAAAACAUGAAAAAGAACAUUAUUAUCAUAAUUUCAAUAAUUCAAAUAGUAUCUUUGGUAGUAAUGGUAGUAAUGGAUUAUCAUCCUCCAGUAAUUCAUCAAUGUUUGAAAAGAAUUCAUCAUUUGUUUCAAAUUCAUCAUUUUAUCAAUUAUCAAGAACUAAUUCAUUAGCUCAAUUAGAUGAAAUGAUCACUACUUCUAGUAAUCCAGGUAGAGCUUAUAGAGAUACUGUUCUGGGAAGUAUUUAUAAUAAUGGUAGUGGUCUUAAUUUAAGUAAUAGUAAAUUGGCUAAUAAUAGAGGAUCAAUGUUUAUAAGUCCAAUUUUAGAAACCAUUAGUGGUAGAAGAAGUUUAUCACAAUUGGAAUUACCAUUAUAUAAUCAACAACAACCAUCUCAAGAACAACUUGACCAAAUGCAUGCUUUGACAGUUGGAGGAGCUGGAAGUGAUAAUAACUCCAAUAUACUAUCUCCAUAUACUAUCAAACCAGUUGAAAGUAGUGAUUCAAUUCCAUUGAAUGAUUUUGAUUAUUUGGAAGCAGAGAGAUUAUUAAUGAAUAACAACAAUAGUGAUAUUGAAAGUCAAGAUCAACAACCAUCACCGCAAGCAAAUCAUCCAUAUCGUUCAGAGUCUCAUUAUUAUGCUCAAUUAUUGAAUAAUCAACAUUCACAUAGUCAUUCCCAUUCUCAAUCACAAAUAAAUUUAGCAACCAAUACUAAUAAUACUAAUUCAGGCACUACUACUACUACUACUACUACUACUAAACUGAGGCCUCCUAGUGUUUAUCUUGAUGCUUUAUUAGAUGAUGAAUGAAUUCAUAGUAGCAAUUGCGAAACCCUAUUCAUAUGUAACACUUUAUAGAAAAUAUAUAUAUAUAUAUACAUAAACAAAAUUGCAAAAAGAGGGCCAUAAAUGUCGCGGUCUUAAAAACAAAAGAUGUCUCUCUUAUCACAAAAUAAUGUCUCUUUGUAGUUAUUACUCCACUAAUUGAACAAUUUCCACGCCCUCCUCCCCAGACAACAAAAAU